UCAUCACUAACGUAGAAAACACCGACGAGACGCGAGUGAAACAUAUUUUUGAGUAAACAAUUUCUCGUAAAAACUCAAGCCAACACCAACAAAGUUGUCAAUAACAAAAGCAACAGUAAUAAAGUUUAUGAAAUAAAGUUAACAUUAACAAAAAACUAAAUCAGAAAAGCUAUAAAAUAAGUGUCAAAUUUCAUUGAUAAAACUCAUUUCGUUGUGGCUUUUUAUCGUCUUUGUAAAGAAACAUGUAGAAAAAAUUGGGAAAAUUGCCAGAGUGAGAUAGAAAUAGAUGGACGUAAAGCCAACACACCGGUGUGGAGUGUGUGAUUGUGAAAGAGAUGCCAAUAUAGACGUGUGAAGGACGUGUUUUGUGUCGUUUUUGUUUUAUUUCUGGUUCGUCUGCUGUGUUUAUUUUAUUUGCUUUCAAAGAAGAAACAAGAAGUUUCUUCCUUGGUUGAAAUUGUGGAUGGCGCGUUAAAAGUAAAUGAUAAAGAAACAAGUUAACAUAAAUGUAACUACAAAAACAAAAAAAUAAAUAAAAACAAUUUUGUUAUGAAAGAAGACUGUGUUAAGUCAAAGCAAGGCGCAUAGAUAUACUAUGCAAAAAUAAUAAACAACGUAAAAAAGAAGUCGAAAGAUAUCAAAAACAACACAAAUAUUUGCCAAAUUAAAAAUAAAUUGUGUUUGUAUUGUGUGCGCGCAAAAUUAUUGCCAGUGCUAAUAAGGAGAUAAAAAGUGAUUAAAAAACAUUUAACUGGAGCAAUAGUUGAUUUAAAGGCUUCAAACUGGAUAACAUUAUGGGCAGCUCAGAUGAUCGCGUUUACGCUGCGGAGCGUAUUAUACAAAAACGCAUUAGAAAGGGCGUUGUGGAAUAUCGUGUAAAAUGGAAAGGUUGGAAUCAACGCUACAACACAUGGGAACCCGAGGUAAAUAUACUUGAUCGCAGGCUCAUUGAAAUCUAUGAACAGGGCAACAAGUCGUCAAAUACACCCUCCAAACGGGGUCCCAAAAAGAAGGAAAAAGAACGUGACCCCGAACCAGAAUCUGAAGAGGAUGAAUACACGUUCAAUGAUGAUGAUGGUCACAGCAACAGUCAUGUGGGAGCAUCAUCAACGGGCCCGGCAAACUCCUCUGUAUCACAAUCGAUAUCGGCCAGUUCAGCUUCACCAUCAACAUCUGCCUCAAAUGAUGUCACUCAACAGCAGCAACAUCAUCGCCAUCACCAUCACGAAAAGGACAAGGAAAAAGAUAAAGAGAAAAAACAUCAUCAUCACCACCACCAUCAUCACCACAAGGCGGAACGUUCCAAUAGCCGGCGGUCAGAAUCACCUCAUACCCAUGCGGAAAAUAAACGACAGAAAUCUGUUGAACAUGCCGUUACAAAUAGCACAAAUUCCUCCUUGGCCUUUAUACCAGAAGCUGAUUCCAACUCGUCCAGCUCAGAGGACCAGCCAUUAAGUCGAAAAGAAGUUGCGGGCACAAAGCGUAAGGCUGAAGUAUUAAAAGAGUCGGGUAAAAUUGGUGUUACAAUUAAAACUUCGCCAGAUGGUCCACCCCCUGCCAAGAUCCAUUGCUCAGUUGAUACCGCAACACCGAUUUCCACACCAUUGAAGGCAGAAACUGAACCCCUCUCACCGGAAACACCAGCCUCAAGGCCUGAACAGGCAACCCCCUCAGAAAAACCCCAGCAGUAUAAUGGACAUCAACAACAGCAGCAGCAUCAUCACCAGCAGCAAGAUGAUGAUGACGAUGAAUCCUCAUCACAAGCUGACAGUCAACAUGAAGCGGAAAACAAUCAUCUGCCUUUGAUUAACAACAACAUUAAUUCCAACAACCAUAAUCAUCAGCAGCAACAACAAAACCACCAGCACCAACAUCGUCAGCAACAAUUAGAUGCAAUUUUUGAAAACUCCCCUCCCAAACAAAAGUCAACCCCACUAACACCAUUGUCACCGCCAGCGUUACCACCACGCUUUUGGCUACCCAGCAAAUGUAACAUUUCCAAUAAAGUUGUUAUCACCGAUGUGACAGUGAAUUAUGAGACGGUCACCAUAAGGGAAUGUAAAACGGAGAGAGGCUUUUUUCGUGAAAGAGAUAUGAAAUCAAGUGAUUCGGUAGCCUAAUUGAAUACCCUCCCCUCCCUCCCCCUCGGAACCCAGAGCCAAAUAAAACAGCGCUAGAUGAAGAUUGAAAUGAAAUUCACCAAGUAAAGGGAUAAAGAAAACUUCCUAUGAGGCACUCCAUGAGACUAAAAAAACGUAACUGAAUGUAAAGCAGGACUUUAAGUCAAGAUUUGCUACAAACAUAUAUCUACAUAUAUUUUUAUAUACAAAAACAAACAAACAAAGAAACCCAUACGAAAGAAUGCUAAAAGGAACACACUAUUUAUUUUUCUAUAAGCAAAUUUUGACCCGAAAAGGCAGACAUUUUAUGGCGUUUUUCCCGAGAGUAAUACACAACAAGCUAAAAGAAAAGAAGAAAAACAUAAAACAAUAUAAUGUAGUAUUUGUUGCUUACUUAGAUUGUAUAUAAAUAUUAAAAACAACAAAUGGAAAACAAAAAUAAUGUAGUAGUAUCUAUAUUAUGACGGAAUUAUUUACAAAUCAAAUAUUUAUGCAAAGAAAAUACAUUUAAACACAAUAAUAUAGAAUGAAAAAUUA